CCCUCUGUGGCGCUGAAUGGAGCGCGUCGUGCGUAAAGUCCGACCUGCAGUAGCAGCAGCUUUGUGUUGUUUUCGCUCACAUUUCAGCGUGUGUACCCACGCAGAGUGAUUUAAAUGCAGCCAUGACGCAGGAAGAAGACCUGAUCCGGAUAGCCAAGAAGCUGGACAAGAUGGUGUCUAGAAAUAACACGGAAGGUGCCAUGGACCUGCUGAAGGAGCUCAAAGGUUUCAAUAUGACACUUAAACUCCUGCAGGAGACCAGAAUCGGCAUGUCUGUGAACAGCAUCAGGAAGCACUGCACAGAUGAGGAGGUCAUUGCUUUGGCUAAAGUCCUGAUCAAGGAAUGGAAAACACUGUUAGACACUGGCCACCGUCAAAAUGACAAAGCAGCUGAAGUGAAGAACGGUUUGGCCUCCAGCAAAGCAGCAGUGUCUCCAAACAGCUCACCCAGUAGCAGGAGAGUGGAUGUGGAUUCAGAAACAAAUCACUCCAUUAAAGACAAGAAAGAAAGACAUAAUGAGCAGAAAACCAAAACAGAGCACAAAGAUAACCAGAACCUGCAUCAAAAGGAGAAAGAGCCAAAGGAAAUAGUGAAAAAAGAAAGCACAAAGCCAAGAGCAGCAGAUGAAGCCCAACGUGAGAAGAGACACAAGCACGUAGAAGACCAUCUAAAGGACACAAUGGAAGAACCGAAAAAGCGUGAGGAGCACAAAAAGAUCGACAUGAAACCCAGAGAGGAGACCAAACCUGAGAGGUUGAUGAGCACAAUGCAUCGGCCUGUGAGCGACCCCUACAAGGAGAAGUCUGCAGGCAUCCAGAAACCGUUAUUUGAAAGGAGAGGAGUUCUGGACAGCAGCGUUCUCUAUCCCAGCCGCUUCCCCUCACCUCCUCGACCUGCUCGGCCUCCUCUCCCCAUCAAGCGACACCCUGUGGACGUGAAGAAAGAGAGGAAGGACGGUAAAGACCCUUAUCUUGGACGCUCUCAUUCUUCAGGGCUUACUGCCCUCAAAGCUAAGCGGCCUUCACUGGAGUCAAAGAAAGAGAGGAAAGUUCCAAAAGACCCAAAUGCUCCCGUGGCUCUUCUUCCUUUUAACCUUCAUCCGCUACCACCAAGAAAAGAGCCUCCAGAUCCCAAUGCUCCUCUGCCUCCUCUCCCUCUUCAUCUCCACCCACCUCCGCCCCCUGCAAAGCGCCCCUUGCUGCUGAAUGGGAAAAAGGAGAGGAAAAACUCCUUGGAUUCUAAACUGCCCUCACAGAAGACGUCAGACCUUGUGAGGAAAGACAGGAAAGACAGUUUGGAUAGCAAAAUGACGAAAAAACAGUUGGUGGAAGCCAAGAAAGAAAGGAAGAACUCCUGUGACUCUAAAUUGGGCCAACCAGUGAAACGCCAUUCAACUGAUGCUAAACCUGACAGGCGGGAAUCAGAUUCAAAGCAGAGCGGCUCCCCUCCUGCAAAGAAGCUAACAUCUGAACGGAGAGAGUCUCAUGGCUCAAAAGCACCUCAGUCUGCACCACCACAGAGGAAGCCUUCCACUGACCACAAUGAAAGAAAGGGCAAAAGUGAACCCCCUAAAACUCCAACCACACCCACCAGCCCCAUGUCACCUGGCUUUACCUCUGCCGGCGGCCCGUUGCCACCUCACCUGACUACUGGAGACUCGAUACGAGACAAGUGCAUCGAGAUGCUGGCUGCUGCCCUGCGCACUGACAAUGACUUCAAAGACUUUGGAACUAACUGUGACAGCAUGGCAGCAGAGAUUGAAGAUCAUAUCUAUCAAGAGAUAAAAGCCACAGACAUGAAAUAUAAGAAUAGGGUGAGGAGCCGCAUCAGCAACUUAAAGGACCCAAAGAACCCUGGUCUCCGCAGGAACGUUCUGGCAGGAAGCAUUGACUUAGCCCGCAUUGCCACUAUGACGUCUGAGGAAAUGGCCAGCGACGAGCUGAAACAACUGAGGAACGUCCUCACUCAGGAGGCCAUCAGGGAGCACCAGAUGGCCAAAACUGGGGGCACCACCACUGACCUGCUGCAGUGUGGCAAGUGCAAGAAGAAGAACUGCACCUACAAUCAGGUGCAGACACGUAGCGCUGACGAGCCCAUGACCACAUUUGUCCUCUGUAAUGAGUGUGGAAACCGCUGGAAGUUCUGCUGAUGGCUUCCAAGUGAAACCAAUUUUUGUCGAAGCAUUUUUAACUGCCUAUUUUUCCACAUAUUUUCCAUAACGGGCGGCAAAGGAAUACAAUUGCAGCUAGUGAUUUAUAACUGGAUAUGUAGUAGUUAGAGUGGAAUAGUUAGAGUUUUCAGUUGAACUGUUGAGUUUUUUUCAUGCAUGCUAAUAAUCAGGGUUUGCUUUAAAUGAAAUUGAAGGCUGAGCAUCAAUACAGAGAUGAUUGAGUCAUUAUGUAUUAGGACCUAAAAACGGGAAAACAGGAUUUCAUCCAAAAUACCAACAAAUGAAAUAACCUCGGUGGUGAAGUGGAAAUACUCAGAAGAAUACAGUUAACGUGCAGUUCCACCACAUUGUACACUAUCAUUAAAGUGCCUUAAUAAUAAACAUGAUGGUUAUUGUGCUGUCACAUUUACAGUUUUUCUCCAUUGGUUUGGCUCAUUUCUUGAAACAGAAAUUACAUUCUCAAACAUGGACAAACCUCCAAACAACCUGGCAACAGAACUGAAUUUCUCAUUGAUUUAAUCACAUUUCAAAUGUCUUAGUACAUGGCUCAAUGUGUAGGUACAUCUUUGCAAAUGAUUACGUCCAGGUAGGUAUAUUGUGGUUCAGGGGUCACCAACGUGGUGCCCGCGGGCACCAGGUAGCCCCCCCACGACCACAUGAGGUGCCCGCAAGCCUGCUUUUCAUUCAGGUUUUCAGUUAAUAAUGAAAGAACAGUAGAAAGAAAUGCAUUCUGAAAUACAAAAUGUGAGUUGUGGACACCAGCAUUUUGUUCAUUUCUGGUAAAACAAGCAUAUUCACUUUGUUUGGGUUUAAAAUAAGCUCUGAAAAUAAAUGUUACAAAAAUGAGUAGCUCUUGGCCAUUUUCAUUUUGUAAAAGUAGCUCUCACAAGGAAAAACGUUGGUGACCCCUGCUGUAGUUCAUGCAGUUUAGCACAAUUUCCAAUUGAAUGGAUCUUGCUGAAAUUGUUGAAGUCUUGCCUUAUGGUUUUGAAAAUGUAAUUCUGAUUUCAAGAAAUGAGACAAACCAAUGGAGAAAAACUGUAAAAAGCCAUUAUUAAAAAUACCACUCUUUCUCAAAUUGUUUUUCUUGUCAU